AUGCUGAAUUCAUCAGCUUCCACCAUGGUUUUCUCAAUGAAGACACCUUCUUCUUCCCCAUCGAACUCCCUCAAACAUUGCUGCAUUCAUAACUCUUACAACCACCAUCCUUCUCGGAGGUUGCUCUAUUUCAUCUCGGCACAGUCACAAGUGCUUGGUGCAAAUGCGGCUAAAUUAUUCGGAGCAGGACGAAACUCGAUCGAGGAUAGUAAAUCUGAAAACGUAGCUACUGCUUUUAACGAGCAAGAUGCAUUAAAUUGGGUUAAAAAUGACAAUAGAAGAAUGCUUCAUGUCAUUUACCGUGUCGGCGAUUUAGAGAAGACGAUAAAGUUUUACACUGAAUGCUUAGGAAUGAAGGUGUUAAGGAAGCGUGACAUACCCGAGGAGCAAUAUUCGAAUGCUUUUCUUGGAUAUGGACCUGAAGAUUCUCAUUUUGCUGUUGAACUUACUUAUAAAUAUGGAGUCGACAAAUAUGAUAUUGGAAACGGAUUUGGUCAUUUUGGUGUUGCUGUAGAUGAUGUAAGUUCUUUCUUCAACUAGAUCUUCUUUUGGCUACCAUUAGUAAAAACUCGA